AUGGCUUCGACUGUACGUAGGCUGUCUCGUAUAAUUGGUCAUUUCGACGGUUCCAAAGUCCUGAAUAAUCGCCAGAAACUGGCUGGCUUUAUCGCGCCUCAGAAGGCGCGGUACCUGGAAGCCGUCAAGUCCUCAAAGGGGAGAGAAUGGACCGUCGUGAUGGGAAAUGAGUCUGCAGUACAAGACCUGGACAGCGUUGCUUGCUCGAUCGCGUAUGCCUGGCUGCGGUCAGAGGUAGACCACCAACCCAGCGUGCCGUAUAUUCAAUGCGAAAGGGACGACUACUCCUUGCGCCCAGAGAACCUUCAUGCGCUGCGCCUGGCAGGCAUAGAUGAUCCAUCGAGCCAGCUGCUCUGUGCCACCGAUCUCGUGUCCUUCAAGCCGUUCCCCUCCACCGACUUCGUCCUCGUGGACCAUAAUCGGCUUGGUGUCCGAUUCUCUCAGGACAACCCAGACGCCCGCGUCUUGGCGAUCGUCGACCACCACGAAGACGAAGGCGUGCAUACCGACGCGGAUCCGCGUAUCAUUGCCCCAUCUGGAUCCUGUUCGGCCCACGUCGCCAAAUUGCUCCCCGAGGACAUCCCUGCCGAGCUCGCGACUCUCCUUCUCUCCGCCAUCCUCAUCGACACGUCCGGCCUGCGCCCCGGCGGCAAGGCGACUGACAUCGAUCGCGCCGCUGCAGCGAGGCUCAUCCCUCACUCCACGCUCGCUGCUUCCUCACAGUCGCUCGCAGGUCCCGAGCUGUGCGACAUCCCGAGCGUUGCGGAGCUUGCGGAAACCUUGCAGACGAAGAAGGCGGACGUGUCGGCGCUGAGCGCAUGGGAUCUUCUGCGGCGCGACUACAAGGAGUACACGUACCAGCCGGCCUGGCUCGACAACUCGCCCGAGCUGCGCGUGGGUCUCGCUACGGUUCCCCUCUCGCUCAAAGCGUGGGCGAAGGGGGGUGUACUGGAGUCGGAGGGCGUGCGGUAUAUGGACGACCGCGGGCUCACAGUGCUCGGUGUGCUGACGACGUUCCGGAGCAAGAAGGGGAAGCACAAACGGCAGAUGGCGUGGAUCGUGCGGUCGCUUGGUGGCGCCUCUGUGUCCGUUGACGUUGACGCUGCUGCUUCGCGUCUCUGGGAAGGAAUAGAAGGUAGCGAUCUGGAAGCGACGCCGAUUAAGAAGUUUAAGCCUCACCGACGGGACGAGGCUGGAUAUAUGCAUAUCCGGGUGUAUAAACAGGGCAACGCGAAGGCGACGCGCAAGGCCAUCGCCCCGUUGAUCAAACAGCUUCUUGAAUGA